CGCGCUGGAGGGGGCGCUGUGGGCUCUGCGCGGCGGCCUUUUGUCAGCGCGCACCGCCGGGCCAGCCCUCAUUUCCUCCCAGCCUCGUGCGGGAAAUGGAUUUGAUUCUCCCGGCAGGGCUGUGAGGGACGAGCGGGAACAGCGCCUUUGUCAGCGAGCAGCGGCCUCCGCGCUCCGAGAUUAGCUCCGCCGUGGAGGAGCCGCGCUGCCGGGAGGGAUUCCUGGCGGGAUGCGGGGGACACGCGGCGCUGCGGACUAGCGGGGCGCCUUGAUGAGGCGCGCCCAGAAACCACAGCAGCCCGCGUCCCGCUCCGCAGUGGAAGAGCAGACCCGGAGGAGAUGCCGCGCGGGAGCUGGACUCCCGCAUUGUGGCUGAGUGGCUCUACGACCUCAGCCCCUUUGUUCCAGUGAUGCCCUCCUCGUCACACUGAGGCUGCCGCCAACAUGCUCUAAACCUGGCUACCCCGCACCUCAUGCGGCUGGCAGCGUUGCAGAAAUGUGCUGCCUCAGUUCUCACCUCCACCUGCUGACUUAGAACCUGCGGGCUAGCAAGAUUCUCAGGUUCUGCCUGAUGUCUGAGGCUGUGUAGAUGUGGCUGGCAUCCCUGAGAGUGGAGAAGGGGUUGCAGACCGAGGACUGAGAGAGGGGCCUUGGACAGGACUGGCCAGCCUCCUGCUAAGUUCCUGGAGCAGACUGCAGCUCCACCCGGAAAAUGAGUGACGAGCCGGUCCCCGAGGCGACCUCCCCGCCGCCAGCCCAGGGCCAGCAGUACUUCGACCGCUUCUCUGAGGAGGAGCCUGAGUACCUGCGCCUCCGCGGCCGGGCGGCGGACCUGCGGCAGGACUUCAACCUGAUGGAGCAGAAGAAGCGCGUCACCAUGAUCCUGCAGAGCCCCUCUUUCAGGGAGGAGCUGGAAGGCCUCAUCCAGGAGCAAAUGAAGAAAGGGAACAACUCCUCCAACGUCUGGGCUCUGCGGCAGAUCGCCGACUUCAUGGCCAGCACCUCCCACGCAGUCUUCCCGGCGUCUUCCAUGAACUUCUCCAUGAUGACGCCCAUCAAUGACCUCCACACGGCCGAACCCCUGAACCUGGCCAAGGGGGAGCGGCUCAUGCGGUGCAAGAUUAGCAGCGUCUACCGGCUCCUGGACCUCUACGGCUGGGCCCAGCUGAGCGACACCUACGUCACGUUGAGAGUCAGCAAGGAGCAGGACCACUUCCUGAUCAGCCCUAAGGGAGUUUCUUGCAGUGAAGUCACAGCAUCCAGCCUGAUCAAGGUGAACAUCCUGGGAGAGGUGGUGGAGAAGGGCAGCAGCUGCUUCCCGGUGGACACGGCGGGCUUCUGUCUGCACUCAGCCAUCUACGCGGCCAGGCCCGACGUGCGGUGCAUCAUCCACCUGCACACACCGGCCACGGCAGCGGUGUCAGCCAUGAAGUGGGGCCUCCUGCCUGUCUCCCACAACGCCCUGCUGGUGGGCGACAUGGCCUAUUACGACUUCAUUGGGGAAAUGGAGCAAGAAGCCGAUCGCAUCAACCUGCAGAAGUGCCUUGGACCCACCUGCAAGAUCCUGGUGCUAAGAAACCAUGGGGUGGUUGCUCUAGGGGACACCGUGGAGGAGGCAUUUUAUAAGAUCUUCCACCUGCAGGCUGCAUGUGAGAUCCAGGUGUCGGCUCUGCCCAGCGCCGGGGGAGUGGAGAACCUCAUCCUGCUGGAGAAGGAGAAGCACCAGCCACACGAGGUGGGCUCUGUGCAGUGGGCAGGGAGCACCUUCGGGCCCAUGCAGAAGAGCCGGCUUGGGGAGCACGAGUUCGAGGCCCUCAUGAGGAUGCUGGAUAACCUGGGCUACAGAACAGGCUACACGUACCGCCAUCCCUUUGUUCAAGAGAAAGCCAAACACAAAAGUGAGGUGGAGAUCCCGGCCACGGUCACAGCCUUUGUGUUUGAGGAGGACGGAGCCCCGGUGCCCGCACUGCGGCAGCACGCGCAGAAGCAGCAGAAGGAGAAGACCCGCUGGCUCAACACGCCCAACACCUACCUGCGCGUCAACAUGGCCGACGAGGUCCAGAGGAGCAUGGGCAGCCCACGGCCCAAGACGACGUGGAUGAAGGCUGACGAGGUGGAAAAAUCUAGCAGUGGCAUGCCCAUACGGAUUGAAAACCCCAACCAGUUCGUGCCUCUCUAUACCGACCCCCAGGAAGUACUGGACAUGAGGAACAAGAUCCGAGAGCAGAACCGACAGGACGUGAAGUCGGCGGGGCCUCAGUCCCAGCUCCUGGCCAGCGUCAUCUCCGAGAAGAGCCGGAGCCCGUCGACAGAGAGCCAGCUGAUGUCCAAGGGCGAUGCAGAUACCAAAGAUGACUCAGAGGAGACAGUGCCCAACCCCUUCAGCCAACUCACUGACCAGGAGCUGGAGGAGUACAAGAAAGAGGUGGAGAGGAAGAAACUGGAACUGGACGGAGAGAAAGAAACUGCCACAGAGGAGCCUGGCUCCCCUGUGAAGUCUGCACCUGCCUCUCCAGCACAGAGCCCGACAAAGGCCGAGACAAAGAGCCCCGCCGUCUCUCCUUCCAAGUCCGCAGAGGAAGAUGCUAAGACGACAGAGACAAGCAAAGACACCACAGAGCCCGACACAGCCCAGCCGGAGGGGGUGGUGGUGAACGGGAGGGAGGAGGAGCCGUCGGCAGAGGACCUCCUGAGCAAAAGCCUGGGCCAGAUGACCACACAGGCUGACACGGACGUCGAGACCUCCAAGGACAAAACCGAGUCGGUCACCAGCGGCCCCAUGUCGCCCGAGGGCUCCCCUUCCAAGUCUCCUUCAAAGAAGAAGAAGAAGUUCCGAACCCCCUCCUUCCUGAAAAAGAGCAAAAAGAAGGAGAAAGUGGAGUCCUGACUUGGGGCACCCACGGGUUCCGUCUGCACCCUCCUCUUCCUCUCCCCCUUCCUUCUCCCAUCUCUGUCCCUGGAAGCGCAGGGCCAGGACGGGAGAGAACUGGACCCUGGAUCACACUUGGAGGGGAACCUGCCGUUCGCCUGGCCAGUCCCACAUUUGACAGUCACCAGAGAAACCAGGUGACUUGCCCGCAGUCAACGGCUGGUGAGCAGCAGAGCCUGUACCAGAAUUCAGGGCUCCUGACUCCCAGUCCAGUGCUCCUUCCUCUAAACAACACUGCCGAGUUGUGGGCCGCCUUUGUCGGGAUGUUGCCCACCAAUCUGAGCCCAGGGCAAGGAGGCCAGAAACGGGCUGUGAGCUCGCAAAGGCUGCAACUGAGUCAGACAGGCCAAGGCUUCCUGAGUAAGGUCCAUUUCCAUGCAGGAAUCCAGUCUCCUGGUGGUAAAUCAAUUUCUCUCUCUCUCCCUCUCCCUCUCCCACCCUCCCUCUCUCCCCCCAUUCAGAAAUCUCUCCUCUUCGUUUUGGGUCCCUGCCCUGCUGCUGAAAGCAACCAGACAGAUUGACCCAUCCCCUCCAACAGAAGUUACUCUUUGUUCCCAAGGGCUGAUGGCUUCGCUUGUCCUUCCCCAGACACUGACCCUGAGCUGGCUUCAUGGAACCUCUUGAAUGAUGGACAGAACAGUUGGUAGAGUUGGCAGACACGAGGGCAGGCUGAGGAAGCCUGAGCCCCAGGGGCUGUUGAAUCGAUAGAAGACACCAGGAGCUGCACCCAUUGGAAUCAUGCAUCUCAGGCGCCUCCUAACGAAAACCAAAUUUAGCAUAGGAAUCAGUUGUCUCAUGCUCAGGGCAGGCAUUUGGAGAAAUUGAGAUCAUUCGUAGGCUUUGGGUUGUACAGGGGAGGUCAGAAGAGCAGAGGAAGCGCUGUGCCUGCCACGUGGAGUGCUGUAGUCAGUGUCGGGGGGCCUGUCCUGCCCUCAGGCCCAGGAGCGCCUGCUCACAAGCCACGGCAGCGUCUUAUCUUGGCUCCUCACUCUGGCUCCUUUGGUUCCAACUCUGUGUCACUCUGGUCCGGCAGAGGGGAGCCACAGAGGAGCCCUUUGAGACGCAUCCUCUUGGCCUGCCAGCGAAGUGGGUGGGUGUCCCCAGCCCUGGCACCCUCUGACCCUCCCAGAGCCCGAGAGAAGCCGCCAGUGUUGUUUCAGGUGCCAGCAUUGUGUGUUUGUGUUCAUCCACGGGGCACCCAUGAGUACCGGGGGCUUCUGACAGUUAGACAAUCCAUCCUCCUUAAAGCACAGUGUCCUCAAAGAAUAUUUUCCCUUUUUGUCUUGAUUAUUGUAAAAAUAUUUUUGGAACUUCUUAUCGCAGUUCACCCAUUUUUGAGCAUUUUCUACACACAGACACUGUGCUGGUUUCCCAUCCAUCACAUCUUUUAGCCCUCCUGCUAACCCUGUGCGGCGGGAAGUGCCAUUCCCAUUUCAUGGGUGAGGACAUGGAACCGUCAGCAGGAUGGUUGACUUGCCCCAGGUGACGUGGAUAGAAAGACCCAGAGCCUGCAUUCCAGAUAUGGUGAAAGGACAGCUUUAAUCCCCAAGUGUGAUUGGGCUGAGGACUCAUUUCUGAGACUGGUCUCCACUCCAUGAUGUUAGCACUUGACACUGAGGUAGCAGCAGCCUGCCUGGGUCUGGCUGCGUUGGGCACCUUAAGUUCGUGGUUAAUGUAGACUGUGGAGUGCCAGCAUGGACCUCUGCAAGGGCAAGGCAGAACCUGUCUCCCUGUCACCCUGCUGUUUCUUGAGAAGGAAGGCAUUGAUAUGUGGCCAAGGCAAACCUAGGACUUGUAGGGCAGACUCCUGGCUGCAACCCCGGGCCCCGUUCUCAGCUCUGCUUCUUGACUGGGUCACGUCUCUGGUGGACAGCCCAAUGGUCAGAGGCCCUGGUGCCUCAGAAAAAUCUAUUGUAUGGGACAUGCCUAUAGAAACCAAUCCUUGGAUGCCUUCUUUAAAAAAAGCAGAUUUCACAUUUGUUCAUUCGGCCUUUCACAGUAUUUGCUAAGCAUCCACUGAGCAUCCCGCAUUGUGCUGACGUGAUGAGAAAGCAGUCAUUGUGACUAGAGUAGUAAGUGGCAACAGUGUGGAGACAAGGGUGGACUGGGCGUGGCCUCUGUGUGGCUGGCUGUGAGUGGUUGUGGUGCAGACAGGAUGUUGAGUGACAGCAUCUAACCUGCUCUCUCUGUUCCCUUUGUAACAGUGAGACAGGCGGCAUCGAGGUGAAAAUGUCGGGGCCUUGCCUUGGGGACCCACUUAGCAUUUUGUUUAUUCCUGGUGUAAGAAUAAAAGGCAGGCAUUGCAGUCAGGUCACGAGCCAGGCACGAGGGUAGGCCAUCUUCUUCCUGCCCUUAGGAAGCUCAUGACAACAGGAGGCAUGCGGACAAAUCACAGAGCAGGUGAGGGUGCCAAGGCCCCGGGCAGGAAAUGGUGAACUGUCUUGGAGACCAGAAGAAAAAUUCCUGAAAGGAGUGAUGGCCGAGCUAGGUUUUCCAAACCAGGAGAAAUUUUCCAGGAGAAGAAAAGGCUAGGCAGGGCGUCCCGGGGUGAGUUCAGGAUGCACGCAGAGGCCUGGAUGCGUGGGACUUCAUGGUGUGUUCCACGUGCUGUGCACACAGAGCACAGAGCGGAAGGCAGUGGGGAUGCUUCUCCUUGCAGUGGGCAAGCCGGUUCCUGGGGAAACUUGUAGGAGGUGUGAAGGAGCUGGGCUUUAUCACGUAAGGGGUCGGGAGCCACUGAGGGCGGUUCCUUAGAGUGAAUCGUGGUUAGACUUGGAGACAAACCCUCUGGUGCCUGAGUGAGAUGGACUGCAAGAGCUGGGGGUGUGGGAGAUCUGAUGAGGAAUUUCCGACGUCAACACUAAAGCAUAUUUGAUGGCCCACUGCAUGCUGCAUUGUUCCAGAAUUCAUUUCCAUAAAAUGCUGUGGAUGGAGCGUCUUCAGAAAGGCUUCCAGGAAGGAGAGGGGAAUAUUGGGUAGCUGUCGGCCGUUCUCCCCGCCUCCUCUUCUCUUGGAUGCACAGGCCAUGGCAUGCUUAGCUCCAGGCUCGAGGCUGUAUGCCAAGUGCUGUAAAAUGGAUGUGCAGUUCCAGCAAGACCUUAGCUCCUGGGGUAAGAGGAAAGGACAUUUCUGUGGUUCUGGAUAAAAGUUGGCUCUAAGCUUUGGGUUGUACCAGUGAGUACCUGGAGAAAAUAUAUUCGAGAGCUCAGAAGUGGUAGGCAAUGGGUUUGUUUCUAAAUGUGUUGCUGUGCUUGGAUAUGCCACAGACAAGAGACAGGACAUUUUGAACGAAUCUCCCACUCUGUGGCUGGCUGAGCAAGGAAGUGGACAGGUUGUGGAGCCUGUUUGCAUGGAAAGAUGGCAGGGGCAGGGAGAAGAGAGGGGUAGAUGGUGACAAAGAGGCUUGGCCUCAGCGACUUUCUGUGCGCUGUUGGUUGAUUUCCAGUCCCGGCAUGGGGGAACCAGCCAUUCCACAUGACCUCCCCCAAAGCUACAAAAGGCUGGGCCCCUAAGAGCCUGCUUGCCUGCAGGUGACUCAAGUAACUCUGUAGCCAGGUCAUCCACAAGAAAUGACCCACUCAACACUGCAGUAGCCAAAAUGAGCUGCUCCCGCUGCGUGCAGAUAAGAUCCUUGUAAAGGACUUGGGCGAGGAGCAGCAGGACCUAGAGGAGGAACCCCACUGUGUGAAGCACUGCCAGGCACCACGCAUUCAUGUGGGCUGAGCCUUGCGUCCUGUUCCCUGUGGGGGUCUGUCUCACUCUUGUGUGCUCUCUUGCUUUCUCUCCCCCUCCUCCCCCAAUAUGGGAGGUGGUCGGACGUCUUUUGCCGCUCUCAAUCCACUUCUUUGGUUGUGGCAGAUUGGAAAGAACAGGAUGAUUCACUUCCCAAAGGUCUAAGAGGUUAAAAAUAAGUUUGGAUGUUUCCACGAGGGAAUGCAUACAGAUGGACAGACAUGGAGCCUACCGUAGGCCUAUAGGCCAGGGUUUUCAGUAAGAGUGACUCCUCUGUUCUAGCUCAAGGCCAGAAGCGCACAGUUCUGGAAUAUCAAACAAACGAGAAACAUUUAUCCUUUAUUCGUUUUGCACCUGCGGGUCGGCAGAAGCCCUUGAUUGGUUGGUGUGGUUGCAGCUGACUUGGAGCGGGGCAGAAACAGGGCUUCUUAUGCCUUCUCCAUCACAUGAGCUCAACUGUGUGAGAAAUCCGGAGAGAGGAUAAACCUGUGCACUCCGCUCUCACUAAGAGGACAGGGAUCCCUCCAGUUCAGAGUCUGCUGGGACAGCACAUCAUCUGUUCCACAGCUGUCCUGGGAGGGCUCAUUCAAUGCAAAGCGUUGGAGGCCUGAUGUGACUCCACGUUUAUGAAAUGGACUCACUGGUUAUCAUCUGUGCACAUUACCAUUUGCAUUGCAAUACAAAAAAAGGUAUCCUUGGUGUGUGGUUCUUUCCAAAGCCCUGUCCAACCAACCCAUCACCUGGAUGUGAACGCUCGUGGUCAGAGAGGAGAGACCCUGCAGAGAGCUGUCAGCGAGGCGCAGCUCCCCCUUGCCGUGUGCAGUGAGAAGCCGCCUUCCACUUAGCGGGGUGAUGUCCUUCAGCAGGCGAGGCGCCUCGCCUCGUGCUUCUAGGGACAGACAGCUCCCUUGCGAAUGUAGUUUUCUCUUCCUAGGGAAAAUUUCCAGUUGACAGUGCUCUUGAAAAUGUGGAAGUGAUGGUUUAUAUUGGUCCGUAGUUAGGUGGCGUUAGGGAUUGUCGAAUGGAUGUUUGGUGGCAGUUGACAUCAGCGGUUUCCCCGGCAGUCGGGUCAUCACUCUGAGAAAGUGGGGCGUGAGCCUUGAUGCAGGGCUGAGGUCAGGGUAGUUGGAGACGGCGCCCCGGUGUGGGAAAGCCUGGGGCAUUCCCCAGAAGGGGCGGGUCUCUGCUCCCUUCCUCGCCCACCCUUUCCCACGCAUCAUGAUGUGGCCAGCUGUGACGGGUGCAUCCCUUCCUCUGACCAGUAUGUGGAAGACCUUGCACAAGUUGAGGGGCUGCUUGCAGAUUAACUGCAGAAACACCCUCAGCUUUGUCCCCUGCAGCAGAUCGUGCCGUGUGAGAGCCCAAGGGACAGAGGACCCACACCUGAGAAACAUCAAAGCCCCUUUCCACCGUGGGGAGAGAUUUCAGGGCAGCCGCGCCCACCUGCCGCUUCCACCUCAUGCCCACCGGUCCUUCCUUGUGGGUGGGCACUUGAUCCCCAAGGAGCGGCUCCCCUUUAAAUUCCUGCAACCUGUGCCACGACUCUGAGUCCCAACACUCUCCCUCUCACGGGAGAACAGUGCAGAGCCUGGGAUAGCCCGGCUGGGGCGCAGGGCAACAGGACCCCAGUCUAGACAGAGGGUGCAGUGUUCUGUAAUGCUAUGGGUGGUCGCGGUGUCUAUGUUUGACAAUCGUCACGCGAGAGUACUCCUUGCUGUGUUCCCUUGUACAUACAUUGUCUCUGUGUAGCUCUCCCAGUAUCGUGUGGUUUCGGAUAGGGGUUCCAUGUAAAUACUCUUCCUGCUAUCGAAAUGCCAGUGCCCCGAUCAUGAAUCACCCCCACGAGCGGUUUUGCCUCUAUGCUAACACGUUUUGAGCCACUGACGUGCAGAUGGAUGGUUAGUUUCUUGGGCUUUUAUUUUGCAAUUUUAUAUAUAUAUACACAUAUAUAAUAUAUAUAUAUUUAUGGAUUGGUUUUGUAUAGUUUUCUGUUUGAAUCUCUGAGCACCAAAGCUGCCCUUGGAUUUUGGCGAGAACUUUCCGAUGCCACUUCCUGACCCUCUGCUGCUUUGGUGUCUGACCGUGUCGCGGGGGUGGCGGCCCCGCCCGUGGGUUUCUGUACGUGCGUGCUGUUAUCUCACCUGCAGAUAUUGCCCUAGUAAAUCUAACGUGCUUGGCU